UGUUUUGGAUAUAGAGCUGGUGGACAACUUGGAUGAAUGUAUAUUGACAAUGUCUGAACCGCUCAUCCUACCAUGGCUUCUCUGUUCAUGUCUGUUAUCUGCAGUAACUCUGGCUGCACUGUAUCUCAAAAGGAAGAUGAAUGGAUUUGUGCCAGGGAACAGAUCUCCUCCAAGCCUCCCCUCGAUGCCCAUCAUUGGAAGUCUCCUCAGCCUCGUGAGUGACAGUCCUCCACACAUCUUCUUUCAACAACUGCAGGAGAAAUACGGAGAUAUUUAUUCCCUCAUGAUGGGCUCCCACAAAGUCCUUAUCGUGAACAACCACCAUCAUGCGAAAGAGGUUCUGAUCAAAAAAGGAAAAAUAUUUGCAGGGAGGCCACGAACUGUUACAACAGACUUGUUAACUCGAGAUGGGAAAGAUAUAGCAUUUGCUGACUACAGUUCCACAUGGAAGUUCCAUCGGAAAAUGGUUCAUGGAGCUCUUUGUAUGUUUGGUGAAGGUUCAGUUUCUAUUGAGAAGAUAAUUUGCAGGGAGGCGAGCUCUAUGUGUGAAGUGUUGACUGAAACCCAGAACAGCGCUGUGGAUCUGGCACCGGAGCUGACCCGUGCCGUCACAAACGUGGUGUGUGCUUUGUGUUUCAACUCCUCGUACAAACGUGGAGAUGCUGAGUUUGAGUCCAUGCUCCAGUACAGCCAGGGUAUCGUGGAUACAGUUGCUAAAGACAGCUUGGUGGAUAUUUUCCCAUGGCUGCAGAUAUUCCCAAAUAAAGAACUCGGAAUCUUAAGACAGUGUGUUUCCAUCAGAGACAAUUUGCUUCAAAAGAAAUAUGAAGAACACAAGGUGGAUUACAGUGAUAACGUCCAGCGGGACCUCUUGGACGCACUUCUGAGGGCCAAACGCAGUUCAGAGAAUAACAACACCAGCUCUCACGAUGUUGGUUUAACUGAAGACCACCUGCUCAUGACUGUAGGGGACAUCUUCGGAGCAGGGGUGGAAACCACGAGCACUGUACUGAAAUGGUCAAUAGCAUACCUUGUCCAUUUUCCACAGGUGCAGAGAAAAAUUCAGGAGGAGCUCGACAAUAAGAUUGGAAAAGACAGACACCCCCAGCUCAGUGAUAGAGGGAAUUUGCCUUAUCUAGAGGCCACUAUAAGAGAAGUUCUGAGGAUCCGACCCGUCUCCCCACUCCUCAUCCCUCAUGUGGCGCUCCAAGACUCCAGUGUGGGAGAAUACGCUGUGCAGAAAGGAACCAGAGUCAUUAUUAAUCUGUGGUCUUUACAUCAUGAUGAGAAGGAAUGGAAGAAUCCUGAGCUAUUUGACCCAGGACGAUUUCUGAAUGACGAGGGUGAUGGUUUGUGCUGCCCAUCGGCCAGCUACCUGCCAUUCGGUGCUGGGGUACGCGUUUGUCUCGGUGAGGCUCUGGCAAAGAUGGAACUCUUCCUCUUCCUGUCAUGGAUUUUGCAAAGGUUUACGCUAGAGAUGCCCGCUGGCAAGCCUCUGCCCGACCUCCAGGGAAAGUUUGGUGUGGUUCUUCAACCUCAGAAAUACAAGGUUAUUGCUAAACUGAGAGCAGACUGGGAAAAAUCCCCACUAAUGCAGCACUGCUGAGUAAAUGAAUGUAUUUUAAUAUAUUGGUUAAAAAAAAAAAAACAUUGGUUAAAAAAAUACAUUGGUUAAAUAUGAAGCCUAAUAUCCAAUAACACAAAAAGCAUAUCUUGAGACUAAAUGAAUUUUAAC